AUGCUCAUACUACAACGGUGGGAACCUAUCAUCUCUCUGAACUUUCCCUCGCAGAUCUCCUUCUGGAUACGCAUCCACGGUAUUCCACUGCAUCACUGGACCGAUGGUGCCCUCCAUGCUAUUGGAAAAGCAUUAGGUGAUGUCUCCACUAGAGACAUUAAGGAAGCCCGUAUACGAGUCGAGGUUAAUGGCCUUCUCCCUCUUGAAAUGAAGUCGAAAAUCGAACUUCCUUCCGGAGAGGUCACAGAGAUUGAGUUCGAAUAUAUCAAGAUCGAAAAACAUUGCUUCACAUGCUUCUCUCUACUACAUGAAGAGAAUGACUGUCCUAGAAGAACACAAGACCGCAUCCCAGUGAAGGACCGAAAGCUCGGUAUCAUGCAAGCUCUGGCUGUGGAACGCAUUGAAGCUGAAAAACGUAGACAUGAUGAGCGAAGAGGCUACCAAUCUCGGGAUACUCGCUGCCCAGCCCCACGAGAAGAGACUCUCGAGUAUCACUGA